AUGCCGAAACUGAAGACUGGCAAACGCAAUAAUGCCGCUGCUGGCACACCUUACGAAAAGGCUGCCGCAAUGACCAAUUCAUUUAAGCACAAUAAGGAUUACGGACAACAUAUCCUUAAAAAUCCUGGUGUAGCAGAAGCUAUCGUAAAGAAGGCGAACCUCAAACCUACGGAUACAGUACUCGAAGUCGGUCCAGGUACUGGAAAUUUGACAGUAAGAAUAUUGGAAAGUGCAAAGAAGGUUAUAGCUGUAGAAUUGGAUCCUAGAAUGGCUGCGGAAGUCACGAAGAGAGUGCAGGGGAAGCCGGAACAAAAAAGAUUAGAAGUUCUCUUGGGUGAUGUCAUAAAAACUGAACUGCCACCUUUUGAUGUGUGCAUCAGUAAUACUCCUUAUCAGAUUUCGUCACCACUCGUCUUCAAACUACUCUCCUUACCGAACCCACCUCGAUGCAGUGUUCUCAUGUUUCAACGCGAAUUCGCUCUCCGUCUUACUGCACGCCCUGGCGAUUCACUCUACUGUCGGUUAUCGGUGAAUGCGCAAUUCUUCGCCAGGAUUACACACAUAAUGAAAGUCGGAAAGAACAACUUUAGACCACCUCCAAAAGUCGAAUCCUCAGUUGUGCGAAUCGAGCCCAAAACAGGUAAAGAGCGUCCAGGAGUUAGUUGGGAAGAAUGGGAUGGCAUGUUGAGAAUAUGCUUUGUAAGAAAGAACAGAACCAUGAGGGCUAGUUGGUUGGGAAUGAAGCAAGUACUUGCAAUGUGUGAGAGGAAUUAUCGAGUUUACUGUUCAACAAACGAUAUCCCUCUAGACGAUACCCCAGUUGAUGGCGAGGACGAGGAUAUGGAUUUGGAUGACACGCCAAUAGCUGAGGACGGACAAGAAGAAUGGGGAGGCAUAAUGGAUAUGGAUGGAGGCGAGGAUGGAGACGAGGACGGAAACGAGAAUGGAGGCGAGACUGAAAUGCCCUCCUUCUUCCAGGAACUCAAAGGAACCAACAAGCCUCAAACCAAAAGCAAAGUACCCAAAACCCGAGUGGCAGAACUUGUCCGAGAGAAAAUACGCAAAGUUCUGGAAGAUGUAACUGAGUUGGCGGAUACGCGUGCCGGAAAAUGCGAUGAGAAUGAUUUUCUCAGAUUGCUAUUCGCUUUUAACGAGGAAGGAUUGCAUUUUUCAUGA